AUGCAUACGCUAUUAUACAUCAGCUUUUUUCUUUCAAUUACAGGGAUGAUGGUAGGUGCUUUGUGCGCCAUAACAGGAGUCUUAACAAUUGCCCUUCCAGUGCCCGUCAUUGUGUCAAACUUCUCCAUGUUCUACUCGCAUACCCAAGCUCGCUCCAAAUUGCCCAAAAAGAGGCGUCGUGUAUUGCCUGCUGAGUCAAUCCACGCGAAACACAAAGUCACAACCGAUUCCACACGAAACGGUCGGGUGCUUGACAGAGCACUGUCACCAACCAUUGCGGCUAAUAUCUCCAGUGUGGUAUUAAUGAAUAAACGACUUCAAAACGCUCAGCCUGAAAAUCCUGUUUUCCUGGAAACCAACGAGAAAGUGGGAGAGCAAGAUACAGAAAUUGAAGAUCCUACUACAUCACUACAAAUUUUCAGAACUCGUCGAACUCCUGUAAUUGAUUUUGCUGAAACUGGAAAUAGUGAAAGUGGAAAUUUCGGAGUAUGCGAAGAAACCAAACAUGACCAAACAAUGGAAGCCCAUACAGCCACCAACGGUUUCAAAAGAGCUUGUCACGACUCUUCCAGGGACAUUGAGUUCGAGGAAUUGUAUUCAAAUUGUGAGUCACCUCCGAGUCUCGCUGUUGAUCGAAGACAGUCAAAAAAUUCCUUGUCAGUAUGA